AUGUAUUGUUGUUCUUUCCUUUCACGGCUGGGCGUCGGGAUGGCGAGCAUGAGCUCCACGCUCGUCGAGACGGUGUCCAUCAACUAUGAGGAUUUUAAUGAGAGCUUCCUCACCUGUGGCACUUGUUUAUGCACUUAUGAUGGAGGGGAGCAUACUCCAAAGCUUUUGCCGUGUUCUCAUACCGUUUGUCUACACUGUCUUACGCGAAUAGCCGCCUCACAGACUAGGGAUGCAGGAAGCUUCAGAUGUCCGAUAUGCCGAGAAUUAAUAACCAUACCACGUGGCGGCGUUCCGGCUUUGCCUCCAUCGUUCCUUGUGAACCAAUUAUUAGAUUUAAUGGCUAGACAGAGAAGAGAAGUAAUCCCCCAGUGCAGUUCACACCCCGGUAGAGAGUUACUCUUCUGCGAAACUUGUGACUGUGUUUUCUGCAGACACUGUGCAGACGGUCCUCAUAGUGAUACUCCUUGUGAUCAUACCGUGGUGCCGUUUUCUAUAGCAUUAAAGAGAAUGUCUGAGAUAUUGUUAUAUAGAGCCAAUGAGUGCCUGAGUAAGCUGGGUUCCGCGAGGGAUGCCGUGGCUAGUGAGUUGAGGAGACUAGAGGCGGCAGCGACUGCGGCUGACGAGGCUAUAGAUAGACAUUUCACAGAAUUAAAAGCCGCAUUAGAUAAACGGCAUAGCGAACUAAAAUCGGCUGCAGCAGCUGCUGCUACACAUAAGAGAAAGCUACUUGAAGAACAGUUGAAAUUGAUUGAUGCUGAAAAAGCAAAAGUUGAGGCAGAAUGCUCAGGUCUUCAACAGCAGGUUGAAGUUAGGGAAGUGAGCAGUCGAGCCGCGGCUUUAGGGGCUAGACUUGGCGAUGCUGCAGCACUUGCUGAGCCAAGAGAGAACGCCUUCUUAGCGGUAGACUUUGCACACAACGACGCUCAACUAAGAUUUGCCGAGGCAUUGGCAGAAUUGGGUAGAGUUCGGACUAGUACUACUUUUCCUGGUUUAUGUACUCUACAGUUAGAGUCAGCUUGUGUAUGUGGUCUCGAAUUAGUGGUAGUUUUACGGACUGUUGACUAUCAUGGUGAAGCCAGAAGUACUGGUGGGGAUCCUGUCACUGCUGCUGCUACAUUAGACGAUGCACCACUGCCAUGUACUGUCACUGACCUCGAUUCAGGGUUAUAUCGCAUCUCGAUGCGCCCGUGGAGCGCGGGCGCGGUGUGCGUGCGCGUGCUGGUGUUCGCGCGCGGCGUGCGCGACUCGCCGCUGCGCGCCACCGUGCUGCCGGCCGCCGCGCCGCUGCGCGUGUGGGGCGCGCGCGGCUCGGGCAAGGAGCAGCUCAGCCAGCCCGUCGCCGUCGCCAGAUGUCCCAAACGUCGUGAAAUUUAUGUUCUCGAUGCCGGUAAUUCAAGAGUAAAAGUGUUAGAUGACGAAACCUUUGCUUUUAAAACUCAUAUAGUAAAUGAUGGGUUGGCAGGAAGAAGCUGUACAGGGAUAGCAGUGACGGCUGAAGGCGUCGUUGUUGUCAACUGGCGAACGAGGACACUCACGGAGAUCAACAGCGAGGGCGGUACGGUGCGGACAAUCCGCUCGGAGCGUCUGGUGGAGCCGGUGUGUGUGGCCGCCCACGCGGCGUCGCGUCGUCUGGCCGUGGCCGACAACGGCGCCCGCACUGUCUUCGUGUUUGACACUCACGGGAACAUCGAGCGGGAGGUUGGUAACGGCGAUUUGGGACUUGUAGGCGGGCUAGCUCUGACAGAAGACAUGAUCGUAGUGGCAGACGUAGCGGUGCGGGUGUAUGAUUCGGAAGGAAAUCUGCAAACUAUUUUAGCACCUAUACCAAAAGGUCGCGGAGGCUACGGCGGCGUCGCGGUGGAGCGCACGGAGAGCGGGCCGCGCAUCGUGUGCGCGCGCUCCGUGCGCGGCCGGCCCGCGCUGGCCGUGCUGGAGGCGGGCGGCGCGCUGCUGGCCGCCUGCGAGCUGGCGGAGCGCCGGCCGCGCCGCGUGGCCGGCCUGGCGCUGCUGCCCGGCCGCCGCGCGCUGCUGGCCGACCUGGCCGGCGACUGCCUGCGCCUGCACACGUACUGGUGA